AAUCUCACAAUAGACCAUAUCAUCAAACAGUCACCUCUUAUUGAAGUCUUCCGUCACUGCCGUGUUAUUGUUGAAAAUGUAUUCCACCUCCUCCACCAUACAAUCCGCCACCAACCACCAGAUAUAACCAAGACAAUUGAAAAACUUACAAAGCGGCUUUUAGAGACUAAACCACACAAGUUUACUGCCCGUCAUAAGUUGCAAUUUUCUGUUGAUGAUAAGGUAGCAAGCGGCUUUGGAAUUAUAGAAAAAAAAGGAUUAGGAGUAUCUACAUCUGGGGAGGGCAAUAGUGAGAGUGUUGAAAUAACUGGUGCCGACCUUGUAGACUGA